CAACAACAACAACAACAACAACAACAACAACAACAACAACAGCAACAGCAUCGACAGUUGCUACCGCUUCACUUACAGACAGGACUGGAUGUGGGCGAGUCCGAGACCGGCUCGGUGAGCCCAUGCUCCGGGAGACGGGGUUUGAGCAGAGCCGGCUAUUGUACAGGGUUGCCGGUGGAGAAUCCGGCCCAUCCGCUACAGCCGAGCCCACGUUCUCAGCCUCGCCAUGGUCUGCCGACGUCGCUGAUCGGCCAGAAGCAGGUCCUCGGACCUGUGGCCUACCCGGUCUCGGAGUACUCCGGUGACGAGACCUUGUUUGAACACACACCGACACACCCACACCCACCAUCACACACACAACAACACCAACAGCCGCACCAGCACUCGAACUCGCAACUUGGAUCAGCCGUCGACUCGGCCUAUUCCGAGUACGCAGCAGCUGCGGCUGCAGCCGCUGUCGCGGCAGCGGCGAUGGCAGCCACCAACAGGGACCUGACGACGCAAACUUCCUUUCUGCCCUUUUUCAGCCCAACCGGCCUCGCCCAACAGCCUCGCCCAGUCUCCGUCGCCCACACGAGCGGUACCUCUUCUCUGCCCGCCCCACCCUCCUCCUCCUCCUCUUCUUCCUCCUCCUCCUCAUCCUCUUCAUCCUCAUCAGUUUCAUCGGCAUUCGGUGCCAGCCUGACAGAUGCAUCUCCGACCUACCCCAUCGGUCGGGCGUUGUACACUCCCACGCCAGGCGUCGAGUCCUCCUCGUCGGCUCUCGGUUAUCCCAGCCACGAGAACCCCUCGGCCGCUUGGCAACGCCAGUCUCUGGGCCAACUGACACUGAACGGCGAGCUGGACGUCUACGCAGGCGAUAAUCUGGCUCGACCGCUUGCCGCCACGUCAUCACGACCCGCCUACAAGUUGGCCAGAGACAUGACCACCUCGAUGGGUCGUUAUGACAUUGGGCCUAGUGAACACCAACAACUCGGUCAAACUCAUCUGGCCACAUGUUUGCAUGGGCACGACCAGCAGGCCGAACUUCACCAGCACCAGCACCAGCACCAACAACAUCCUCACCAGAGCACCUAUGCAUACUAUCAAUACCUGCUGGAGGAUAAAACUCAACAGGCCAUACAACAGUACCAUUCGUCAAACGAAGACGAUUUGCUACUCUAUCAAGACGUCUAUCCUGAGGACAGACAGCCUCCAAAUUCCUACCAAAAUCAGACCCAACAUCCAGAUCAACAUCAACCUCAUCCCCACCACCAGCACCACCACCACCACCAGCACCAGCACCAGCACCAGCACCACCACCAGCAGCAUUUGCACCAACCCCAACCCCCUCCAACGCAUGUGCCUCAUCCUCAUUAUCCUCUUCACAAUCAUCAUCAUCCCCAUCCUCCUUCUCAUCAUCAUCAACACCUUCAACACCCUCAGCUCCAGCAUCCACCUUCGUCGCAGCUAUGCGACUCUCAGCCCUACCCUGAACCGGAGGUAAGGUCAGAGGGUGGAUACCAGACGGCCUACAAAGCGUACACAGCCGCCGUUGCGGCUGCAGCUGUGGUUGCCGCGGCAACCGGCAGUUAUCCUGCCGGCCAGGGCAGCAUCUGCUCCGGCCUCGAGUACCCGGUGACAUCGAGAGUCGCGUCAUUGUCGAAUCCUGCUAUUGCGACUGCGACGACGACGACGACGACGAGUCGGUCGCCUGGCGAAGAGGCGGCCCCAAGCCUGGUCUAUACCGGCUACGCGACACCGACGAACUGUCUGGUGACCGGGCCUCGAGCUGGUGACCGACGUCGGCAAGAGUCGUCCGGUCCGGCAUGUCUGAGGCCAGAAUUUGAAACCUUCGUGUCCGAGACGACCGACUCGUCAAACCGACUCGAGGCAGACGCCUCUUCCGGCCUCCGGCCUGUCUCGCCCAGUUGUCAGGCCUUCACUCGAAGUCUUCAUCACCCGCCUCAACUGGCCACAACGACUCGCCUGGAGCCCAGCAACGGGCACUCUAUUGCCACGGCCUUUCUCCACCCUUCCCACACCCUCCACACCCUCCACACCGUCGACACCCUCGACACUGGCCGUGCCAGACUGCAGACCUACUCCGAGCGGCCGGACGCCGUGGCCGAGUAUGCCGGUCACUCAGCUUCACGACGUCAGCCAUUUUUACCCAGUUACGGUGGACUUGAGGACUUUCCGGAUGCCGAGGUUUCACAUCUUCCAACAGGACGGCGCAUCGAGACCGUCAACGAAGCGGAGGCUGUCAAUGAGACGGCCGGACAGACGAGACACAAACUGGCCAAAUCUGUCUGCUAUGCGAUGUGUCCUUCAGCCGACGGACUCGGUGAGGGGUACCGACUGAUGAAUCCCGCCGGACGAAGUGUACCCCCCCGAAAAGCCUAUCAGGCCGCCAUCGCUACGGAGUCUGGCGUCUUGGGCUGUCUGAGUCCAGCUGCAACUGUCUACCCUCAGAGAACCGGGGAUGCAAGCGGAGCUUGUCACUCUGUUUGUGGUACGCAAUCAAUAAAUCGUCCUGUUGUCGAGACUGGCGAAUCAUGUCGUGUCACCACGUCAGCUGAGCAGGAUCAAACCGUCUACCGGGCAACGGAUCAGCUCAGCCGGUUAGCCUCGUCCCUGUCGAUGUCUCCCGGGCUGAUGGUGUUUUUGGGGGAGGCUGACGAGUCGGACGAUGAGGAAGAGGAUGGCUUGGUGGAGGUGGUUGCGGAGACGGAAGCGGAGGUGAGGCAGAUGGCACAACCUCCGGUAGCAACGAAGGCGACGACGACUGCGCUAGCCACUGCUCUCCCGUUAACGUCGUCUUCUUCCGCUCCCGUUUCCUUCCACUCCUCCACUGCUGCCUCCACCUCCACAUCUGCUUUCUCUUCCUCUUCCUCCUCCUCCUCCUCCUCAUCCUCCUUCUCCUCGUCUUCGUCUUCCUUGUCCUCCUCUUCCUCUUCCUCCACCUCGUCUGCCUCUUUUGCGGCAUCUUCUGUUGUCGCGGCCUCCACGAGUCUAGAGGGGGCGGCUAUCAACUCGUCUACAGCCUCGGCAUCGGGCUACCUGACCGCUGAGAGUAAUGAUCCGGAUGCAAAUGAAUCUUGUCUUUUCGCAAUGACCGAAUUAUCCGGCCUCAGCAGAGACGCCUGUUUAGGCAGUCUGUCCACGAUUCGGUGA